AUGGAGAAACAAGAACUGGAUCACUUCCCUGGGGGCGCGGAACGGGUGGCCUUUCUGAUUUCUUUUUUCACAGGGGAAGCGAGAGACUGGGCUAUCUCAGUCACUCAGGAAGGAAGCUCCUUGCAUGCCAAUUUCCCGCGCUUCCUGGAUGAAAUCCGUAAGGAAUUCUGUGGCCCCAUCCCCUCACGCGUGGCUAAAAAGGCCAUCCGUAAGCUCAAACAGGGAGACUGUACCCUGGGCAGCUAUGCAGAUGCUUUUCAAUUCUUGGCCCAAUUCUUGUCUUGGGAUGACUGUCGCCUCCAAAACCAAUUCCUCAAAGGCUUGUCAUUUUUUUUCAGAAAGGAACUCUUAUGGUCAACUGAAAUGGCAGAUCUGGAUGAGCUGAUUCUUGAGUGUGUGGAGAUAGAAAAGAAAGUGCGUGCCUCCAAGGCAGCCCCACUCACUGGAAUUCAAAAUAGUGUCUACCAUUUUGUUCAAGUUCCUAAUGAGGAUGAAAAUGAAGGCGUGGAGUGCUACAGUGAGGAUGAGGGUGAAGAGGCAGGCAGGCACAGGCUUUACCUGAUGGACCAGAGGAAGCACAUGAACGUUUUCUCACAAGAGCUGAGGGAGGAGGAGGAGGAGGAGGAGGAGGAGGUGGAGGAGGAGGAGGAGGAGAUGAGGAAGGAGGAAGAAGAGAUGGAGGAUGAGGAAGAUGAGGAGGAGGAAGAUGAGUAUGAGGAUGAAGAUGAGGAGGAGGAGGAGGAGGAGGAAGAGGAGGAAGAAGACAAGGAGGAGGAGGAGAUGAGGAAGAAUGACGAUGGUGAUGGAAAUAAGUAUGAGGAGGAAGAUGAAAUUGUGGUUAGGGUCCUGGAGUCAGAAGAGGAGCAAGGGAGGGAGGAGAUCCAGCAUGUGUACGUGCACGACUGCAUGCAUGUACACCUGCAUGCACUUGCUGCCCACCAUCAUUGCCUACAUGGAGAGCUGGUGGAGAUGGAAGAGCCUGUCUUUGUUGAUACUUCAACCCAGACCAUUAGCUCUGGGAUAGGCUACCAUGCUGAGAAUUACCUAGGCUUAUCACCUUCCACACAUUCUAGCAGACAGAGGAACCAGAAUCAAGUCCCGCUUCUGGAGGGUAUUCCAGAUACCAAUGCUCCCUUCUCCCCUUCCCCGCCACUGAUUCACCAUGCAGGUGGCUUGGGGCAACCCCAAAUGGGAAGACACCCCUCAGUGCUAUUCUGCCUCACUCCUAGACAGGGAGGCCACCGAGCUCAAGGCCGAAUUCGAGUGUAAAUGCUGGGGGGGAGGUGGCCACGGGGAACACACCCUUCUACUGCACCCCUUGCCCUUGCUGUUGCUGCUGUGUCUGCCCCAUCUAUUGACCAGUCCUUAAGAAAGCUCCAGACCUGAAGAACUCAAAGAAGACCUGCAGAAUUCCAAACCGUUUUGCAACCACAACCAGAGACUGAAAUGUGCCCAACCAAGGCCAUCUAGGGAAGGAGAGGUCAGUAGUCACUGUUGUCUUGCCAGGGACUCAGCUCAGUCCUCACACAAGAUGGAGAGCAAGUU